AUGCAGCAGCAAAAUUGCAAGAGCAAACCGCAGCCAGUUCUUCCGAAGCGGAUAAUCUUAAUGCGGCACGGCGAGUCUCAGGCCAAUAUAGACAUCGCCACUUACUCCACCACCCCCCACAACAAAAUCCCACUAACGGACGUGGGCCUGGCCCAGGCCCACCUCGCCGGCGCCCACCUCCUCCGCGUCAUCUCCGACAUCGACACCAACAGCCCCAACUGGCGCGUCUACUUCUACGUCUCUCCCUACGAGAGGACGCGCUCCACGCUUUGUCAGAUCGGACGGUCCUUCUCCCGGACACGUGUCAUCGGCGUCCGCGAGGAGUGCCGGCUACGGGAGCAGGACUUCGGCAACUUUCAAGCGCAGGAUCAGAUCAAGGCCAUUAAGGAGACCAAGGAGAAGUUUGGCCGCUUCUUCUUUCGGAGUCCGGAGGGAGAGUCCGCCGCUGAUGUCUACGAUCGUGUUUCAAAAAGUGGUGGAUGGCAUGGAAGUCCAAUUUAA